AUGAAUGUGAACGCUGCACACGUCGUUGAACGGGACUUGUACGUAGACAACGUAAUUUCCAGCUUUAAGUGCGAAAAGGAUUUACUUGAAUACUUCACAGAGGCAAGACAAUUGAUGUCCACAGCUGUGAUGAAUUUAAGGUCAUGGAUAUCAAACAGCGCAUGUCUGAGAACAGCCGCGGAAAACGAAAACGUUUCGGAUACCUGUGACGUCACCAAGGUGCUCGGGCUGAGAUGGGAUCCCAAGUUAGACACAAUAAACUUCGUAGACAAACAGAUACCAAUUUUAGAAAAAGUUACGAAGAGAACGGUUUUAAAAUUUUCAUCACAAAUAUAUGACCCGCUUGGACUUUUGAGUCCAGUAACAGUCCGAGCGAAAAUUCUCUUACAAGAAAUGUGGAAACAGAAAUAUGACUGGGACACGCCUCUUCCGUCCAGUUUACAUGCAACAUGGUCAGAAAUCGCCACAGAUCUCAACACUGUUGUUCGAGAUACGUCACUGCGCCGCCAGCUCAUACAAUCUGUUAAAGGAACUGGAAGUGAUGUGAAACCGGAAAUGCACGUCUUCGUAGAUGCAAGUAACAAGGCGUAUGGCGCAGCGGUAUAUAUCUGCAACAGAAAUGAGUCAAGAUUGGUGAUAGCGAAAAGCAGAGUCACUCCUGUUAAAUCACUAUCGCUUCCACAGUUAGAAUUGAUGGCUGCUUUGAUCGGAGCGAGACUAGCUACCAAGAUUCAAUCUUCCCUGCACACGACGCAUAUCACGUUUUGGUCUGACAGCCAGAUAGUCCUUCAUUGGCUCUCCACAACGAAUAAAUUGAAGAAAUUUGUAGCCAACAGAGUGUCCGAAAUAAACACGUUGACCAAUACAAACACUUGGAAAUACUGUCCAACACACGACAACCCCGCAGACCUGCUGACACGUGGGGUAUCAGCAAACGUCUUCAUGAAGAGCAGCAUUUGGCAAACGGGGCCCGAGUGGAUCACAGACACGAGGAGGUGGCCUAUAUGGGAGACGGAACCGCUACUUGUCAACACUAUUUUAGAUGAACACGCCGGAACAGAGAUGGUGCCGAGUCACGUGCUACAUACAGAUAUAUCUACCGGAUCUCUACUUAACCUUCAGAGCGUUAUCAACAUUUCUGACAACAGUUCCUACCGAAGACUCCUGCGCGUGACAGUUCUUGUACAAAGAUUUGUCAAAAAUUGCAAACUUCCACACAAAGAACGAAUUUACGGAACAGUAAAUGCAAAUGAACUCCGAUGUGCUGAAAAACUGUUACUUCGGCAUUGUCAAGCCACAGAAUACAAUGAUGAAAAAAUAAGUUUGAAAUCACGAAUGUGUCGCAUCACGCUUGUGAAACAACUUCGUCUGUUUAUCGACAGUGACGACAUUAUUCGAUGUUGUGGAAGAAUUAAUAAAGCUCCACUAUCGGAGAUGACGAAGUUCCCGAUAUUAUUACCGAAAAAACACCACAUCACACGGUUGAUUGUCAGAGAUGCGCACAUCACACAUCUGCACUCGGGUGUCAACGCAACUGUGACACAUAUACGACAGAAGUAUUGGAUUCCAGCGAUAAGACAGUGUGUGCAGACAGUCGUCCGGAAGUGCGUCACUUGCCGCAGAGUCGUUGGAGAAGCCUUUAGAGUCCCCGAGCCGCCGCCAUUACCGAAGAUGAGAGUUGAAGACACGCCGCCCUUUACAGUAACGGGGGUAGAUUUCACGGGCGCUCUAUACGUAAAGCAGACAACCGGAAGUGAAACAAAAGCAUACAUUUGUCUUAUCACUUGUGCUAUUACUCGAGCCGUCCAUCUCGAAGUUGUCACCGAUCUAACAAAGGAAUCGUUUUUAUGCGCAUUUAGAAGAUUUGUUAACCGGAAGUCACUGCCGAAAUUAAUAAUCUCCGACAAUGCUACCACGUUUGUAGCAGCGUCGAACCAUUUGAAGACGCUAAUGGAGUCUACAUCAGUCCAAGAAACAUUGAGCGGUAUGGGAAUAGAGUGGCGUUUCAUUCCACAACGCGCCCCAUGGUACGGGGGAUGGUGGGAGCGACUUAUUGGUUUAACGAAAGUCGCUCUGAAAAAAGUACUUGGCCGAGCAUACGUCACACUUGAGUCUCUACAGACAAUCGUCACAGAAAUCGAGGCUGUACUUAACGAUCGGCCAUUGACAUAUGCAUCAACAGAUCUUAACGACCCCGCGCCCAUCACGCCGUCACAGCUGUUAUACGGUCGCCGAGUUACAACGCUGCCUCACGAUGACGUCACAGUCGAUGCCGGGAGUACUGUCGCUGCAGCCGACCAUGCUGCAUUUAACCGCAUGGCAAGUCGACGUGAGCUGCUCAUACAACAGUUCUACAGACGCUGGAAGACUGAGUACCUGACGUCACUCCGCGAGCACCACCGAAUGUCUGGUUCCAACACGCAGACGAUCAACACCGGGGACGUGGUGCAGAUCCAUGAUGAUGGCCCUAGAUGUCGAUGGAAACUUGCCGUGGUCGUCGAUGUUGUAACCGGAAGGGACGGGCAUAUUCGCGCGGCCAAAGUGCGAACCAGUAACGGACUGUAUACCCUAAGGCCAAUAGCAAAACUUUAUCCACUCGAAGUGAUAAGUGCCAAUGGAAACUGA